AGGAGGAGGGAGGGGACGCCGCGGGCCCCGGCCGACACCGACAGGCCCGGCCGCGGGAGCCGGAGGGACACCGCCCCGCGACCCCCGACCUGCCGCGACUCGGGGGGAGCCGACCAGAACGGACCGGAGCGGAGCGGAGCCGGAGAGGGAGCGGGGCCGGAGCCGCCCGCCCCGGGCGCCCCCAGGAUCAUGUGAAAGCCUCCCGACCCCGGCCGUCUGCCCGCCCGCCCCGACCCAGUUCUCCGUUAGAAGCAGGAUGUUGAUCUAGAUGUGGAAAAAAACCGGUUUUACAGCUGCUUAGAAGAAAUGUGGUGUAUAUAAAAAUUUGUGAUACUUGGAGAAAAUUCUGUUCUCCAUCCAGCAGCUGUUUGGGAAUCCUGCUCUUCUGCAUUCUCUUCGCAUGUCCUACCCAGCAGAGCUGUGUUCAGGGGCGGGACUGCUAGGCAAGGAUUGAAAUCUAGCAGUAAGAGCAGCAGGAGAAAAAGGAGGAGAAGAAAAGAAAGAAGGGGAGAAAAAAAGGAAGAUACCUUCUCUUAUCAGGAAUUUAGAUAAUGGGCUGUGUGCAAUGUAAGGACAAAGAAGCAACCAAACUGACAGAGGAGAGGGAUGGCAGCUUAACUCAGAGUUCAGGAUAUCGCUAUGGGACAGACCCCACUCCCCAGCACUACCCCAGCUUUGGUGUGACUUCGAUUCCAAACUACAACAAUUUCCAUGCCACAGGAGGCCAAGGACUGACUGUGUUUGGGGGAGUGAAUUCCUCCUCCCAUACUGGGACCCUGCGAACAAGAGGGGGAACAGGAGUUACCCUUUUUGUGGCGCUUUAUGACUACGAAGCAAGAACAGAAGAUGACUUAAGUUUUCAUAAAGGAGAAAAAUUUCAAAUACUUAACAGCUCGGAAGGAGACUGGUGGGAGGCUCGUUCCCUGACAACAGGAGAUACUGGAUACAUCCCCAGUAACUAUGUGGCUCCGGUUGACUCUAUCCAGGCAGAGGAGUGGUAUUUUGGCAAACUUGGCCGGAAAGAUGCUGAGAGGCAGCUCUUAUCCUUUGGAAACCCCAGAGGUACCUUCCUUAUACGAGAGAGUGAAACCACCAAAGGUGCCUAUUCUCUUUCUAUCCGCGACUGGGAUGAUAUGAAAGGAGAUCAUGUCAAACAUUAUAAAAUUCGCAAACUUGACAAUGGCGGAUACUAUAUUACAACAAGGGCCCAAUUUGAAACUCUCCAACAGCUGGUUCAACAUUACUCAGAGAGAGCUGCAGGUCUCUGCUGCCGCUUAGUAGUCCCUUGUCAUAAAGGGAUGCCAAGGCUUACUGAUCUAUCUGUCAAAACCAAAGAUGUCUGGGAAAUUCCACGAGAAUCACUCCAGUUGAUCAAGAGACUGGGAAAUGGGCAGUUUGGGGAAGUAUGGAUGGGAACCUGGAAUGGGAACACUAAAGUGGCCAUUAAGACUCUUAAGCCUGGCACAAUGUCCCCAGAAUCAUUUCUAGAAGAAGCACAGAUCAUGAAGAAGCUAAAGCAUGAUAAAUUGGUCCAGCUUUAUGCUGUGGUGUCUGAAGAACCAAUCUACAUUGUCACGGAAUACAUGAAUAAAGGAAGUCUGCUAGAUUUCUUGAAAGAUGGAGAAGGAAGAGCUCUUAAACUCCCGAAUCUAGUGGACAUGGCAGCCCAGGUUGCUGCAGGGAUGGCUUACAUUGAGCGAAUGAAUUAUAUUCACAGAGACCUGCGAUCAGCUAACAUCCUUGUGGGGAAUGGACUGAUUUGCAAGAUUGCUGAUUUUGGAUUAGCACGAUUGAUUGAAGAUAAUGAAUACACAGCAAGACAAGGUGCAAAGUUCCCCAUCAAAUGGACAGCCCCAGAAGCCGCCCUCUAUGGAAGAUUCACCAUCAAGUCCGACGUGUGGUCCUUUGGCAUCUUACUUACCGAGCUGGUCACGAAAGGAAGAGUGCCGUACCCAGGCAUGAAUAACCGGGAAGUCUUGGAGCAAGUGGAACGUGGUUACAGGAUGCCAUGUCCUCAGGACUGCCCUAUCUCCUUGCAUGAGCUUAUGAUUCACUGCUGGAAAAAAGACCCCGAAGAGCGCCCCACUUUUGAGUAUUUGCAGGGUUUUCUGGAAGACUACUUUACUGCAACAGAACCCCAGUACCAGCCUGGUGAAAACCUGUAAAUUCCAGGUCUGCAGAGCUAGUCAUUAACCCGGGGGCUUCCGCUCCACCCCUCCCCUGCCCCAACCUGAGCCCCCCCCGCCCCCAAAACCACCCCCACCCUGUUAGCUUCCAAUAAAGUAACCAGCUGCACCUCAAGUGCAGUAUCUUCCGGGAUCAGAUUGCACGUGAGUCUGAAGUUCAAGAACUUCCACCACCCCUUGCCGACGACCGCACGUCCCGAAAUCCCGCCGUCCUCCGCAGAGAGGAGCCAACGAACUCGUUACUUCCGAUUCGAAGACUCUGGAAAAUGCAUCGCGUCCGUGUUCUGUAAACGGCAAACCUCUGGUCAGUGUAAAUAGUUACUCGGUGCCAAUAACUGAUCCUGUUGCUUUCCUUUUUUUAAAUGCAAAUCCUAUGUGAUUUUAACUCCAUCUUCACCCCGACUCAACUAAAAAAGUAUUAUUUUCCAAAAGUGGCCUCUUUGUCUAAAACAAUAAAUUUUUUUUCAUGUUUAACAAAAAAAAUCAGGACAGGUGUUUGCUUUUGUUUUUGUUUUUUUUGCUUUUUUAUAAAUAUAAAUAUAUAUAUAAUAUAUACAUACCUGUACAUACAGUACGUGGGCACUCUUGCAGAGAACUUGUUCCGAAUCAAUGCAGUACCCAGAGGGCGUUCAUUUUCCUGCGACAUAAAAACAUUGGGGUUAUUGGAAAAAACCAGUGGUCUAAUUUUUGGCUUUGGCUAAGCAUGAAUUGCUUAUAAAUUGGAUUGCACUUUUUUGUUUAUGAAUCUGUACCUGUAGAUGGUUGUAACUUUGCUCUUUUCAGGAACCAAGGCCUGGAUUUUUACAGACACAUUUCCAGUGUUUGACAAUGGCGUGUUACCCAAUCUGUCCUUCAAAUUAAAGUGAACAUAUUAAGCAAGAAAACUAAACAGUAUGACCAACCGAACUAGAAGAAGGCUACCACAAGUACUUCCUGUUCCAACACACACACACACACACACACACACACACACACACACACACACAACGAAUACCGAAACAUUUCAAUCCCUUUUAUUUAAUAAACUCCGUAACCUCAAUUAAUGGCCUAAAACCCAUAGCGUUUUAGUCACGACAACCUGCUCCACUGCUUAUCCUAUAACUAGGACCUUCUGACUUUUGUGCAACUUUGCCCAUUGUAAAAUGAGUGUUUUAAAUGUCCUGUACCGCUAAUGAAGUUACUUUCUAUAUGUCUGAGAGUUCUCCAGUGGAAUUACUAUGCACUGCUUUACAUUUCACGGGGAUGCGCAGAACAAAGUAUUAUGUUUUCAGUUGUCUGUUUGUACCGACCUUGAAUUACUUAUGUUUAACCGAAACAAAACAAAAUGACAAAAAAAACCCUCCCCUUUCUAUUUCUAUUAAGUUUUUAAUACUGAGUUGCAGAUUUAAAAACCUUAAUCACUUUUCUGUUAUGGUUUCUUUGCAAGUUUACAUUUUAAAACUGUUUAACUUUCUUAAUUUAGUUAUUAAAAAAAGAACAUUUUACAUUUG